AUGGAGCAGGGCCCAGCAGUACCUACCUACAUCUUGCGUGGCCACCAGUCCGCCAUCCACGCCCUUCACUUUUACCACGGCAACACCUUCCUGGCCUCCGGCGAUGGCGACGGCUGGAUAGUGAUCUGGAGUCUGGCCACGAAACGGCCAGUGGCGGUGUGGAAGGGCCACGAUGCUGGAAUCAUGGCGUUCCAUCAUUGGACGAGCGAGAGAUUGGUCAGCCAUGGAAGAGACCACAAGCUUCGAGUAUGGCAAGUCCAGCCCGAACACCUCGCUGGGCUAAGUCAGACGUUGCCCGCCGACGGAGCACUUCCCGAGCAAGUACAGCCCUGGUUGUUGCACUCGCUCUCCAUCAACGCCCUCAACUUCUGCGCCUUUUCACUAUGCAACGAGCAGCAAACUGCCGAGUCGGAGCUUACAAGUCCAGCGUCGCCCACCCCACAGUUAAUCGCGUCGCCGAAUGGCCUUGACUCCAGCGGGAUUGAUAUCUUCCAGCUGCCCUCCGAACAGAGGAUUUCUCAGAUUCGUGGAGAAAACGACAUGUCGUCCUGUAUGGUGAUGGCAGUAUCUUUGUUUCACAGCCAUGAAGAUCCCUCCAGGCUCGUGCUGGUGUCCGGGUACGAAGAUGGACGGGUAAUGGUUCACUCACAUUGCGGCAGGCUGACGCUCGGCGAGAGUCAGUGGCAGAAAAUCAUGACCAGCAAGCCGCACUCGCAGCCAGUCCUUUCUAUCGGCGUCCUACCAUCGAGGCAACACUUUGUUAGCUCCGGGGCAGACGCUGUGUUGGCCAAGUUCGCCCUGACGUUCGUCAACAUUCAGGGCGAGACACCUCCCGAGAAAUCGGUGAACACGAAACAUGCCGGCCAGCAGGGCUUGAGUGUACGCUCCGAUGGCAAGAUCUGUGCCACCGCUGGAUGGGAUGCUCGCAUUCGGAUAUACUCGUGCAAGACGAUGAAAGAGCUGGCCGUCCUCAAAUGGCACAAAGUGGGAUGUUUUGCUACAGCAUUUGCCGAUGUGGUUCCCGGCAUGAUCAUGGGCAGCGUGGCUUUGGAGCCUCGGGCGACGGCAUCGCCUGGCACAUCCCCUGAAGUCACGUCGUCCCUGAAUGCUCUCGAAGUGAUAAAGCAACAGCGAGAGGAGAAGGCACGCACGACCCACUGGUUGGCAGCUGGCAGCAAAGACGGUAAAAUAUCUCUAUGGGAUAUUUACUGA